AUGGUGGCUGAGGAGAAGGACCCUCUGAGCUCUUUUGAGGCUUAUGGAAGCAGCACCUCAAGCUUCUCUAACAAGGAGGAAAACAACCAGCUGGAGGAGACCAGCCCCAGGGCCCUGGAUCCUGCAAAGGCAGUGGGUGGUUGUGGGAACAAGACAGAACAGUGGCUGCCAGGACCCAUAAGCUACUCUGGAGCAUGACUGGCCAAGUCUUUCUCUGUAGUCUGAUCAACAGACUGGGAGAGGCAUGUCAAGACACCUGAGAAGCCUCCAAAGGAAUUCAAAAUGUGGAAGUCAAAUGCACCACCUUUGGAGACUUACACUACUGAGACGAAACCUCGCCACCCAGAGCUAGAUAUGGCAAUAAAAUGGUCUAACAUAUAUGAGGACAAUGGUGAUGACAUCACAGGAAACAAUAAGAAAGCUAGAAGGGAAAGAGAUGGAGGAGUCAUUAAAAAGAUGAACAUACUUCUAAAAAGCAUAAAAUAGCCCUAGCCAGUUCACUCAGUGGUUAGAGCAAUGGUUCCCAACCUUUUUUUGGCCAUGCCUCACCUAAGCAUUUCUA